AUGCAAGGUCCUCCCGGCUACAACUACGCUAAAGGUUCAGGCAUCGAUUCCGUCGCUGGCGCCGUCAUCUUUGCCAUCCUCUAUGUCCCCCUCCUCGGCUUCUUCCUGAGACAAUCCUUUGCACGCCCAACCUAUGUCUUUAUCGUCCUCUCCAUCUUCUCUGCUAUCCGUAUUGCCGCCUUUGCCAUCCGCGCGCUCCUCGCUAGCUCAGAAAGCGCAGGCGAGAACAUCAACAUCCUCAUCGUGUUCGACAUCCUCUACAACAUCGGCUUCUUCGGUCUGCUCUACUCGGCAUACACCCUCGUUCUCGACAGGGGCCUGCUCUCCGACGCCCCCCUCCCGAACGGCCCCAUCUCGCGCAUCACCCGUCGCCGCCCGCUCUUCCGCAUCUGCCUGACGGCAGCUGUCGCAGUCGGCAUCACGGGCGCGAUCGAGUACGCCAUCGGCACGAAGCAGAGCACGAUCGACCUCGGCAACACGCUCCGCAAGGUCUCGCUCUGGAUCUUCCUCGUCCUCUCCGUGCUCGUCCUCUUCCAGACCUACCUGCUCAUCCGCUCCGAGUCUUCCUACGGCACGCACAAAGUCUCGGAUGCCGCAUUUGGCGCACGCCACGGCAUUGUUCUGCUCUGUGUCAUCUCGCUGCUGCUCGUCGCCCGUGAGGCGUUCUUCGUCGCGACGGCGGGCAACCAGACAAAGGCGAACGACGAGAACCUCUGGUACCCGCUCGCCGCAACCACCGAGUUCAUCGCCGUCAUCCUCUUCGCAGCGCCCGGCCUCGUGCCCUCGCGCGCCGAGCUCCCUACAUAA